CCGGGAUACCGUUUCCUGCUUCCGUUUGCCAAGCCUUGUUCACUCACGUAACACACGGAUGUAAAAAGAAAUCCUAUCAUUAAUUCUCACAAACUUCCAUUUGUUUUAUCUCAUAAACCAUAUUCUGGAUUCGGCUCCGUGGAAGGAUAAGUUCUGCUUCUGGGAUUUCUUUUCACAUUUUGCAAGUAUUCUUGUCAGAAAACAGGGAACGUUGGUAGUGGCGUCAUGGGUCAAGGUGGCGCUGUGAGCUGUGUGGUGACAAUCGCCAUUGGCGUGGUCCUUCUCAUCAUAAUCCUCGUCGCCGUAUCCUUCCAAGGUGUGGAAUAUUACGAGAUGGGAUUUGUGAGGCGUAAAACUAGCGGUACCGUCGAUACCAGCAUUGUUUACCAGGCCGGGCAUCACUACGUUGGUCUCGAUGCCGAAUUCAAGGUGUUCAAAGCCGACGCCCACAUGGUGAGCUUGGAAUCGAUUGGAGUCUUCACCAGAGAUCGACUUGAGGUCAGUCUUGACUGCACCUUCCAGUACUUCCUGCGUCCCGAGGACUUGAAGUUGCUCCACGACACCUACGAUCUACAGUACGAGGACACGCUCCGCAACAGCGCCGUGGACGCGCUCAAGGGGGCCACAUCGGCCUUCUCGCCGCGGGACUUCGGCUCCGAUCGGGCCCUGAUCGAAGAGACGCUGUUCGCUGCCAUCAGGAGGCGGCUGGGAGGAACGUGCUGUAAGCCAUUCUGUCAAGACCUACCGGAAGGAUGCGAGCCAGGCUGUAAGCAACCCGAGGACUGCACUGACGAAGACAAGGGCCUGUACGCCGACGUGCGCUACUUCCAACUCGGCUACGUGAAAAUCCCCGAAGAGGUGCUUGGUCGUAACCUCCAGACGCUGACACAGCUGGAGGAUGGGGAGCGGGAGAUUUAUAGACAGCAGGAACAGCUCGUGAGGAAGACUACGGAAGAGAUAGUCACAAACAUCGAAAACGCUGCUGAGGAAAUUUUCCAGAAUGCAACAGCGCAGGCGGCCCUGAUUGGCUCCCGGGCCCAGGCGGAUUCGCGCGCCAAGGUGGAGAAUUCCCACAGCCUCGGUCUGGCCCGUAUCUACUCCGAUCUCAACAUCACGGAGCAGGAUCAGAAGGCAUCGCUGAACUACAUCCGUACGCUGAGGGACCACAGCACGGUCUUCCUUACCGUCAACUUCAACUCUCUGGUGACUGGGCCAGUCUAUGGAUCGUCCAAUGGCGGCAGAUAAAAUGGUUGGAUGGGAGAGGGCGCCCCUCGGCGUCGUAUGAAAUGUUGACUCUCAUGAAACACGUUCUUUUUUUUGCGAGUUCUCACUAGUCCAUACCCUGAGGCAUGCGCAGCUCUGUCAAAGAGUCCUGUUAUUGAAGGCAUAUUUUUAAAGUCUCCUGGAGCGGCGUCUACGUGUCCAUUUUAAACCUGAAACCGCAUAAUAUUUUUGAACCUUUUGCAUAAAUAUUAACAUUUAAUGUGCAGAAUUUAUGUCUAAAUUAAGUGCAGAGCUGGCAGAGGUCAUUUGAAGAAGGCGUGUCCCAACCUCCUUCCCUGUGUCUAUUUUAAUCUUUAAUUUCAAAAGCAGUGAAUGCAGUUAUUGGUAGUAAUAAUUGUGGAAAUGCCCCUGCAUCGGGAAUGAGGUUGCGCGUUGCUGAGCAACCCUGAUAUUGAACUUGCUUCAACGUACAAAUUCUACACACAUCCACCUCGAAUAAUUCUAUAUUGACAAGUCGAGUCGGCAUGCAAUGUCGUCUUCACAAGAGUGGUGCAUCUCAGUACAUUAAGCAUCAUGCAUUGUAAAUAUUAAGCACAACACUAUUCUUCACGGCUAAAUAAUGCAGUAUAGCGAAUUUAAGAUAUGAACAUGCUGACUUCUGACGAUGGUAAAGGUUUCCCUUGCCUGGUAUGUGAACAAGUGAACCUAUCCGAAAACAGACUUAAUGAAGUGUCAACAAAGAGAAAAACAUGUGUUCCCGUUAAAAGGUCAGUUAUAAAAUAACGGCCAAUGAUUUUUUUCUCAGUAUAGUCUUGUGACUUUCCUGGGCUAGUAUCAUAAAGCUAUAGAUUAUAGAAUACUACAAGCGUCAGACUGAAAGUGACUAGUUUUACAAUGUUUUGUCAAAUACAUGUAUACUUGAAUAUUUUAGUCCUUGCAAACAUAUU